AUGAAGCAGGCACCGGUGCGACCGGUGAUCAAAGUUGCCGUGAAAGAAGAGAAGGGGGCAGCCGGCGCAGCCGCACCCAAGGAGAAGAAACCGUCCAGAUCUGGCAAAUCCGGCUGGCAGGCCUGGAAAGAGAAACGCCAGAUCAGAGAUAACCUGGAGGAGUCCAAGAAAGACCGAGAACUGGUGUUGCUACGGGUCAAGCUUGAAGCUGCUGAAGAUCGGGAGCGAGAUUUUUCAUCGGGCUCAGCCGACCCGCUGCCGCUGGCAGCACCCGUGGGGCCAGUUGAGGCCGCAGAGCCAGAGCCGACCUUUGCAGACCAGGCCACUCAGGCAACUUCUGCGGUCCAGGAUCAAGAUACACAAACGCCAGAUUGGCGAUAUCCUGCCUCGUACCUGAGUGGCUUGCGGGUUAUCAAAGCCAGGCCGCACUACAUCAACGGGUCGCCGCCCAGGGAUGCCCCUAGCCCGCACCCCUUUGCCCGCCAGAACCGCAAUCGUGCAGAGUCCUUGUCUCCCAGCGCUCGGCCACGGAGGAGUUCAAGCUCAAGGUGGGACCGAAGUGCAAGCUGUUCGAUCUACUGA